UACCCCCGGCAGCCUCUCCACACACAUCGCAUUCUACAGGAACGAUCCAGAUGAUCGCAUCUCCAUUACUGAGGCUGGCUGCAUGCAGAUGAAACCUCGCACCCGGCUGGACACCGCAGCCAGCCCCUUAUAUACCAGCGUGUUUAUUAUUACCCCCACCCUAUCUCCAGGGUGUCCUUCCCAUCUCUGCCCACAUUCCAUCCCCGUCUGUGAAGAGUGGAUCUUGUGAUCGAUCAGAUCCACUACACCUGCUCCCAGGAUCUCUGACGGAUCGAGGCGAGGAGGAUCUCAGCAUUUUAGCGUCUAUUUCUAUUAGAAUCCUUUAAGAAGUCAUCUCCUCAUCAUGGCUGAACCCAAUGAAUGCAGCAUCAAGGUCCUGUGCAGGUUUCGCCCAUUGAAUCAAGCUGAAGUAACGAGAGGAGACAAAUUCAUCCCGGUGUUCCAAGGAGAUGACUCUGUGAUCGUGGGGGGUAAACCCUAUGUUUUUGACCGAGUGUUUCCCCCUAAUACUACUCAGGAGCAAGUCUAUCAUGCGUGUGCCAUGCAGAUUGUUAAAGAUGUCCUGGCUGGAUACAAUGGAACCAUCUUUGCCUAUGGGCAAACCGCCUCUGGGAAGACCCACACCAUGGAGGGGAAGCUUCAUGAUCCACAAAUGAUGGGAAUAAUUCCCAGGAUUGCUAGAGACAUCUUUAAUCACAUCUACUCCAUGGAUGAGAACCUAGAAUUUCAUAUCAAGGUUUCCUAUUUUGAGAUCUACUUGGACAAAAUUAGAGACCUGCUUGAUGUAUCUAAGACAAACCUCUCGGUUCACGAAGACAAAAACCGUGUUCCAUUUGUCAAGGGCUGCACGGAGCGCUUUGUAUCUAGUCCAGAGGAGAUUUUGGACGUGAUUGAUGAAGGAAAAUCCAACCGCCAUGUAGCUGUGACAAACAUGAAUGAACACAGCUCUCGCAGCCAUAGCAUCUUCCUCAUCAACAUCAAACAGGAAAAUGUGGAGACAGAGCAGAAGCUUAGUGGAAAGCUGUAUCUGGUGGACUUGGCUGGCAGCGAAAAGGUCAGUAAGACUGGAGCUGAAGGUGCUGUUUUGGAUGAAGCCAAGAACAUUAACAAGUCUCUUUCUGCCCUGGGAAAUGUCAUAUCUUCUCUGGCUGAUGGAUCGAAAGGUUACGUGCCCUACAGAGACAGUAAGAUGACUCGAAUCCUUCAGGAUUCCCUGGGAGGAAAUUGCAGGACAACUAUGUUCAUUUGCUGCUCUCCGUCUAACUACAAUGAUGCAGAGACCAAGUCAACUCUAAUGUUUGGCCAGAGGGCUAAGACCAUCAAGAACACAGCAUCCGUCAACCUGGAGUUGACAGCUGAGCAAUGGAAGAAGAAGUUUGAGAAGGAAAAGGAGAAGAACAAGACCAUGAAGGAGACCAUUCAAAAGCUGGAAGCGGAGCUCAGCCGCUGGAGGAGCGGUAAGGAAGAACUGAGAACUGGAGAGAAUGUGCCUGAAACUGAGCAACUCAGUGAUGGGGAACAGCUCACCCAGGACACCUGUGAUGAAACCCCCGUUAAUGAUAAUAAUUCAUCAAUUGUUAUCCGGAUCUCAGAAGAGGAAAGAAGGAAAUAUGAGGAGGAGAUUCGUAAAAUGUACAAACAACUUGAUGACAAGGAUGAUGAGAUCAAUCAGCAGAGCCAGCUUGUUGAGAAGCUCAAGCAACAGAUGUUGGAUCAAGAUGAGCUCUUGAUAUCCACCCGUGGUGACAAUGACAAGGUUCAGAUGGAAUUAAGCCGCCUCCAGUCGGAGAAUGACUGUGCCAAAGAAGAAGUCAAGGAGGUCCUGCAGGCUCUGGAGGAGCUGGCUGUGAACUAUGAUCAAAAGUCACAGGAAGUGGAGGACAAGACUCUGCAAAACAAAAUCCUUGCUGAUGAGCUGUCCCAGAAAGUGGCUACUCUGCUUUCCCUCGAAAAUGAUCUGCAUCGCCUGCAGGAAUUCAGUUCUCAUCAACGCAAGCGAAUUGCCGAGGUGUUAAAUGGACUCAUGAAAGACCUUAGUGAGUUCAGUGUCAUUGUUGGCAAUGGAGAAUUUAAACUGCCUGUGGAGAUCAGUGGUGCCAUAGAGGAAGAGUUUACAGUAGCCCGCUUGUAUAUUAGUAAAAUUAAAUCCGAGGUGAAGUCGGUAGUGAAGAGAUGCCGCCAGCUGGAGAACUUGCAGGUGGAGUGCCAUCGGAAGAUGGAAGUAACUGGACGGGAGCUGUCCUCUUGCCAACUGCUUAUAUCUCAGCAUGAAGCUAAGAUCAGGUCCCUGACAGAAUACAUGCAUAGCGUCGAGAUGAAGAAACGUCAGCUGGAGGAUUCCUAUGAUGUACUGAGCGAGGAGCUAGCCAAGAUGCAGACUCAAGAAAAUAUGACAGAAGAUGCUUCAAAGGAUAAGGAACAGGAUUCAAAGGAUGCUCAUGAGGUCAAGAAGGUCCUGGAGAUGCAAAUGGAGAGUCAUCGCGAAGCCCAUCACAAACAGCUGGCCCGUCUCCGGGAUGAGAUUAACGAGAAGCAGAAGAUCAUUGAUGAACUUAAAGAUCUGAACCAGAAGCUGCAGCUGGAGCUGGAGAAGUUGCGUGCUGAUUACGAGAAACUGAAAAGCGAGGAGCACGAGAAGAGCAAUAAACUGCAGGAGCUGACAUUUCUGUACGAGAAACACGAGCAGUCCAAGCAGGAUCUUAAAGGGCUCGAGGAAACCGUUGCACGUGAACUCCAGACCCUCCACAAUCUUCGGAAGCUUUUUGUUCAAGACGUCACAUCUCGAGUCAAGAAAAGUGCUGAGAUGGAACCCGAGGAUAGUGGGGGGAUUCAUUCCCAGAAACAGAAGAUUUCCUUUCUUGAGAACAACCUGGAGCAGCUUACAAAGGUUCACAAACAGCUGGUUCGUGACAAUGCAGAUCUUCGUUGUGAGCUUCCUAAACUGGAAAAACGUCUUCGGGCUACGGCUGAGAGAGUUAAGGCCCUGGAGGGUGCACUGAAGGAGGCCAAAGAAGGUGCCAUGAAGGACAAGAGGAGAUACCAGCAAGAAGUAGAUCGUAUUAAGGAGGCCGUCCGUUAUAAGAACACAGUGAGGCGCACCCAUACUGCACAGAUUGCCAAGCCCAUCCGACCUGGACAUUACCCUGCAUCCUCCCCAACCAACCAGUACAACGUUCGUAAUUCUGAUUCUGUUAGCUACACAAACAACCUCUUUCAGAACUAUCAAAAUAUAUACAUGAGGUCAUCCAGCCCCACCAAUGAAACAUUCUUUGUCAAUCCAUGUACCACCUCAAGGAGCAGUUCUUCCAGUGCGGACUUGCUUCCCUACCAGAAGAUGAAUGUGGAUAAUGGCAAUGCUACAGACAUCAAUGACAACCGAAGUGAUUUGCCAUGUGGAUGUGAAGCUGAUGAUCAGUCCAAAUUAAUUCCCCUUCACCAAGAGACAGCAGCCAGCUAAUAGCAGUCAGCAGAUGCCUCCUCUCACAUGCACUUUCAGUUUCCCAUGGGACUGAAGCUUUACUCCCAGCAUGCUGCAAUUUAGCUUUUUGUGGCCUCUGCUGCCAGACAUUAUUCCCCCUGUAUGACUCUCGCUCAGUGUCUUUCUUACUGUGCUCUGUUAACGUACUGUAUACUAACAGCUGCUAAUGUUUAUUCUAUACCUACGCAAUGCACUCGAUUAUGUAUCCACUUGUGUUUUAAACUCUAUCCUCUAGUUCCUUAAUGUAUAUCUGUCAGAUCACACACACACACAAACACUGUGUCAUUUACAUGGGGUUAGUUAUUAUGUGUCACUGGGCAAGUGGAAAAAAAGGAUGACCAUGAAAUAAAGGAAUGCUGUUAUUUCAA